CCUCCACCCCUCCCGCUCUUUCCCUCUCCCCCCGGCCUCCUCCCGCCACCGCCGCCGCCGCCGGUCUCCGCCUCUCCCGCUCGCCAUUGCGGCGGCUCAGGGCGAGCCGCGCCGCGUUCCCGCUCCGCUCCCUCCCCGGCCUCCUCCCGCCACAAGGCUCCACGGCGCAGGCCCGCUGCAGCGCAGCCGCUCUGAGUUAUUGAUGGAUGAACACGAGGUGUCCCAAACAGAGCACAUGGCCACCAUCGAGGCCCAUGCGGUGGCCCAGCAAGUGCAGCAGGUCCAUGUGGCCACCUACACAGAGCACAGCAUGCUCAGUGCGGAUGAGGACUCACCGUCUUCACCAGAGGACACGUCCUAUGAUGACUCUGACAUCCUCAACUCCACGGCUACUGAUGAAGUCACUGCCCACCUGGCUGCAGCAGGCCCUGUGGGGAUGGCAGCAGCUGCUGCUGUGGCGACAGGUAAAAAACGGAAGAGACCACACGUCUUUGAGUCCAACCCAUCCAUCCGCAAGAGGCAGCAAACACGUCUGCUACGGAAGCUCCGAGCCACGCUGGAUGAGUACACCACCAGAGUGGGGCAGCAGGCCAUCGUUCUCUGCAUCUCGCCCUCCAAACCCAACCCUGUCUUUAAAGUAUUUGGUGCUGCACCCUUGGAGAACGUGGUACGCAAGUACAAGAGCAUGAUCCUGGAAGACCUGGAGUCUGCACUAGCGGAACACGCUCCUGCUCCUCAGGAGAUUAACUCUGAGCUGCCACCCCUCACCAUCGAUGGCAUUCCUGUCUCAGUGGACAAGAUGACCCAGGCACAGCUACGAGCUUUCAUCCCUGAGAUGCUGAAGUAUUCCACGGGUCGUGGGAAACCAGGCUGGGGCAAGGAAAGCUGCAAGCCCAUCUGGUGGCCUGAGGACAUCCCAUGGGCCAACGUCCGCAGCGAUGUCCGCACAGAGGAACAGAAGCAGCGGGUCUCAUGGACCCAGGCCCUGCGGACGAUUGUGAAGAACUGCUACAAGCAGCACGGGCGUGAGGACCUGCUCUAUGCCUUUGAGGAUCAGCAGACACAGCAGCAGACGACGACCACGCAUAGUAUAGCACACCUUGUGCCAUCACAGACAGUGGUACAAACCUUCAGUAACCCUGAUGGCACCGUGUCCCUCAUCCAGGUUGGCACCGGUGCCACAGUUGCCACAUUGGCUGAUGCCUCAGAGCUGCCCACCACAGUCACCGUCGCACAAGUGAAUUACUCUGCAGUGGCUGAUGGAGAGGGCCAGCUCUGGGCACAGGAGAACGAAGCAGUUGCCUUGAACGUCAGACGGCUGGGGAUGGCCAAAGAGCUUCGACGAUCGCCAGCUUUGCUUGUGCCCAAGUGCUGGAAAACCAGACUGGCAGCUGCUGAGGAGUGUGUGAUAGCAGAUGUGGAGCAGAACUGGGCCACGCUACAAGGGGGUGAGAUGACGAUCCAGACGACGCAGGCAUCAGAGGCCACGCAGGCGGUGGCAUCAUUAGCGGAAGCAGCAGUGGCAGCAUCUCAGGAGAUGCAACAAGGAGCAACUGUUACCAUGGCACUCAACAGUGAAGCAGCUGCCCAUGCAGUAGCCACGCUUGCUGAAGCCACUCUUCAAGGGGGAGGACAAAUUGUCCUGUCUGGUGAAACUGCAGCAGCAGUAGGAGCGCUUACUGGAGUCCAAGAUGCCAAUGGGAAAAUGGACCCAAAUGAGUCGCUAGCAACUUGGCAAAGUGCAGAUCAGCUUGUUUGCAUCCAAGUGGACCAGAAGGAAAGAGUUGAGCCUUUUGUAGGGUCUUUCCACUGGGAACACGUAUCUUUACUGAAGUGUUUCCCUGAAACAGGCUUCCUAACAGCAGGCUAUUCAGGUUGCAAGUGGAGCCUAGCAGAGCGCUCACCAGGUCUCGUCCAGAUCCCCGUCAGCAUGUACCAGACCGUGGUGACCAGCCUGGCCCAAGGCAACGGCCCCGUUCAGGUGGCGAUGGCCCCCGUUACCACAAGGAUAGGGGACAGUGCUGUCACCGUGGACGGGCAGGCAGUGGAAGUGGUCACCUUGGAACAGUGAUGUUCCCCGAGCCGGCGUCACGGUGAUUUUCCUCGUCUCUCAAUGCGACUUUAAGUUUUUUCUGCCUCUCCAGAGAUGCAAUGAGGUGGCAUCGAGUCUCCAGCUUUGGAAGCGAAGGGUUUGAGGUUUUGUUAGCUUUUUUUUUUGUUUCUUUUUUUAAAGGAAAAGAAAAAAAAAAGGAUGAAAAAAAAAAAAAGGAAAAACCCGUGAAAACAGGAAUAAUCUGUGUGUAAAAUGUGUUUUCACAGCGCCGCUCUGCUCUCGUAGGAGCGAGAAGCCAAAUUGUGAUGGGACUUUUCAUUGCGAGGAGAUGUAAACCGAAAGGAAACAAGCCCCUUAUUCCCUAAUUCCCCACUAUGGGAUGCAGCAGGAUGAGGCGUGGAGGGGGAACGUGGAUACCCUCAGCCGAAGCUGCUCCCGGGCACGGCCUUCUGCACCGGACAAAUUAGAUUUCAAA